GUACUCCGCCCUGAUCCUGCCGGCGUCUCUGAAAAAAGAAAGCUCAUCGCGUCAUUCGCUGUGGAGUUUGGGUACGGUACCACGGAGCGCCACUCUCCUUUCUCUUAUCAUCUCUGCUCCUCUCCCUCUCCCUCUCCCACUCUCUCUCUCGCCUCUGCCUCAAUUGUGCCAAUCCCCGCCUUCGCUCUCUCUCGUCUCCUCCACAUCUGUUCCUUCCGGGGUGGAUCUCGUCGUCAGUCUAACACCAGUGCUCCGGCUCUUAUCUCUAGCAGGUCCAAGCAACGCCCUAGCAACCCGGUAGCAAAGUCAAGCAACCAACCAACCUUGCCUUGCUCGACUCCACGAAACUGCUUCUCGCCUUGUCGUGUCUCAUUCGCUAAGGCACACCGGGAUUCCCCAGUCGCAAACCUUACUUUCGUCGUUUCAGGUCCAUCAACCCCGCCCCGACGGUUGAUUCCUGUCGCUACAGACACUAAGUGGGACUUGCAGAGCUUGGGCGAUCAAUGGUUUGGACGUUCCAACUGAGCAACGGUUCGAUACUUUUCAUUCUUUCCUCUCUCGCCUGUCAUGGAUCCCAAUCUUCGACCUCAAGUCUCGAGACCUCCCUCCGCUAGCAUCCCCCCUCAAGGUCCGCCGCCCCCUCCGCCAUUGUCGAAUCUCCACCAAUAUCAGAUGCAUUCGCCGUACGCGAUGGCGCAACCGCAUACGUUGCCGCCAUUGCAACACCAUCAGAAUCCGUCGCCAAUUCAGCAUACGUAUCUCCAGCCUUUCCGGAAUGACAUGCCUAGAUACCCGACAACCUCCGGCACCGAUGUUUAUGCGGUAUCGUCGGCGCCGUUGACUACGCAUGCGCCCGUCAACAGUUUGCCACCGUCAACUUUUCUUGGCCACCAACAUCCACAGCAAUUCCAGCCACAUCAUAUGCUCCCACCCACGACAGCCACCCAAGCAUACCCGCAACCAAUCGCGCCAGCGCCACCGCGUGACAGAAGAUCAGAGUAUGGCGCUGUGCCGUUGGCCCCGUUUACAAACGGGGAGAACAAGCAACCCGUAUGGGCUGGCGCAGAAGGACUGCCACCCACCUCUGGCCCCUACAUGCCAAAAGAUCCUCCGAGGACACAAGUGGUAGGAACCCAGGGCCGGAGAGGUAUUCUUCCGAGUGUACCGGGUCGCGCUGCGGUUACAAACGGUGUGAAUGGCACCAAGGGAACAACCAUCCCUGCCAAGGAUGCAGACGGGAAGUUUCCCUGUCCGCACUGCAAUAAGACUUACUUGCAUGCGAAGCACCUUAAGCGGCAUCUCUUACGCCACACCGGUGAUCGCCCUUAUAUGUGCGUGCUUUGCAAGGAUACGUUUUCUCGCAGCGAUAUUUUAAAACGCCACUUCCAGAAAUGCUCCCUGCGACGAGGGAACCCAACCGGAGUUAGCCAUUUGUCGCAUCCACAUGCGCACCUGAAAAGAGCUCAAGCAGCGGGCGUUGUUCCAAAGCUCGUCCAGGGUGAUUUGAACCACGUCGGUCUUCCACCGAUCGACUCUACAAAACCGCCUACUACUGCUGCUGCUACUACUCUGCCUGACAACAGCAAACGACAUGUUGUUCCAGCGGCACAUAACGCUAAUGGUAAUAAUAAUCACGGCAACAAUACCGGCGACAUCGAUUGGUCGACCAUGCUGCAGCCGGGUGCGCACGAGAACUAUAUGAACCCCGUAUUCCCCUCCACGAUGGCUCCCGUGAGCGAUGCUAUGCGAGCACAGAUGGAUAACGAUCGAAAGUUUUACCCUACGGCGACGAGCGGACAUCAGGAAAAUAGUGGCCUGAAUGGGCUCUAUUUGGCUUCUACGACUCUAAGCGGCGAUGGAACCGUUCAAGCGGCGCGGCAAUGAAUAGCAGCUCGAGGAAUCUCUGACGGCCGGUUUAUAUGAAUUUUUUUUUAAUAUAAAACAAAAAAUUCGAACGUUUUGUGCGGAUUUAUCAGGAGCCAUAUGUUUCUCGCUUGUGGCCUGUUAGAUGCGUGUGUGCGAUUCUCAAAAGUUUUCGGUUAUGCGUGUUGUAUUGGAGUUUUGCCUACCGUUCUGGGUGAGCGUUCUCGGAUCCGCUCGUCGGAAGGUCUUUUCUUCGAUACAGUAAUGCCUACUGAAGAAAGAAUCGUGGGGGAAUUCAGGAAAAUGUUUCGAGUCAAUUGGCCCAAGGGCCUCGACAGUUCUACGGUGUGCGAUCCUGAUCCGUUCGAUACUUAGCGGCGCGAAAGCCAAAAUCAGAGCAAGCCCCUUUCUCGGCAGCACCGUGGCGGUUUUAUCACAAUUCCAGCCGCGGCCUAACGGCGACUGGGCCCCAUCCUAUCACGCUACGAAAUAUGCUCCAAUUGAUUUGGUGAUCUGUACCCAAGUUCUGUCUGAAAUGUUUUCCUUGUCGUUUCUAUUUCACCGCCCGCAUCUUCAAAUCCUUGUUGCAAAACGGCUUAAAAUCUUUCCCACUUUUUAUCCCGGUCGAACGUGCGCAGGGCGCGAGUCGACUGCAUAUCUCCCAAAGGCAAAAUUCGGACACCAGCAUUUUUAUAGACUCGGGGCAUAUUUCAUGUGUUGGGUGCAUGUCGUUCAAAACUUUUCUCAUCGUUUCUUUGUGGCUUUUCUCUCGUAUACAUACAUUUAUCUACCGGGAGGGUGGUUUUUGUUUUUUUUCUAUCUACUGGGUUUCUCAGGCACUCGUUCUUCGCCUUUGCAAUAGAGUUUUGUUUCGCUGAUUUUAUUUUAUAUUUCUGUUUUUUUUGUUUCGUCCCCUUGCGAAUGGCAAAAGAAAAGCUGUUUCCACAGUCUUAUUUUCUGCUCUCGCUUCUCGUUUUUCAUUGCUGAGGGACUAUUAAGUGUCUUUUUAUAUUCCGGUCCUCAGAUACCAUUUUAUGGCAGAUUACCAAGUUUUUAUGUCUUGUCACGGCCGUCUUAAAAAACCAGCAUAUGAUAUUUUUUUAUAAGUAUUAUUACUAUUUUUAUCCUGUGUCCCUUUUUUUUUUUUUGUAGUUUCUUUUUUUAAUUUUAUUUUAUUUUAUUUUAUUUUUUGCUUCUAGCAUAUUUUAACCUCUGGGUUUGUCUCUGUUUCUCUUUUUACCAUAUAUUGGUGGCAAGGCCUUGCGGAAUAUCCUAGAAUUUUUGCAUGCUCCUUCCCUCUUAUACUCUCCCCUUCGUCUCCUACACACGUUGAGAUGUGAAGUUACAUGCGCGUAUGUGUGAGAGAUGUUGGAUGAGAGAGAGAAGGAAAAGACAGAAGCAAGAAAAGAAGAAAAGAAAUUGAAAGGAAAUGUAUCCAUCUUUUACUUUCCUGUGUUAAACCAAACCUCCCAUUCUCCCCUCCAAUUUUUUUUUGUUGGAAAAUACGAAAGCAGUUUCUUUUUAGCUCCCAUUGCUGGGCAUUUCCUGCAUCCUGAAUUUCUGGAUACGCCGGCCGUCUCUGCUCAAGGAGUUCGGGGCGGGGGGUUUGGUUUUGAAGGAAGCAGACAGGCGUGGAUGGGGGUGCUGCGGGGACAAAGAUGAGAGGGAGGGAGGAAGGGGUUGUUUUAUGUUGUGUUUUGAUGUAUAUGAUUCUUGAUUGUCCCUUUGCUCCUUUUUUUUUUUUUUUUGUAAUGCCACUUCACUCGAGGGCGGGAUAAACAAUUGCUGCUUGCUUGCUUGAUUCUAUUCUAUGCUUUAUUAUAGCUUGUCUGCGUUGGGCGUGAAAUCUUUGGUGAAACCUUUUUUUUUUUCUUUUUUUUUCGUAUGAGUACCCCCUUAUCAAAAGACAAAUUUCUUACUACUGUUUUAACAACUAUAUAUAUAUAUAUAUAUAUUUUC